AUGAAGAGUAUUCAAAUCUGGUUGGCUUUCGAUCUGAGACGUCAUGAUUGGACAUUAACACAAACCACAACAUCGGCCCUUGGAAAGAAUGAACGGGUAAACGUAGGUGGGAACAACUUCAAGACAAAGAGCGAAGAUGUCGAACUGAACGAGAUGUGGACAGAAGAGUUGAAAACCAGAACCGCCGCCAGAACCGGAACGGCUUCAGGCCCUAAUGGUGACCACGAAAUUAGCUAUUCGUCAGACAAUGAAACACGAAUGGGACCAGAAUUGGGAGACAGCCAAACAUGCUCGGUCAUCACGCAGAUGCGCACGGGCAAGAUCAGUCUGCGGGGUACCUUCACACCAUCAACAAGGCCGACACUGACCAAUGCGAAUGCGGCUAUGGCCGCCUGA